AUGGCGUCCGAAUACCCCGACUCUGCCCACAAGCCCAUGUACAAGUACAGCGUGGGCGAGAAGAUCAAGGGCAAGAUGCAGAGCCCGAGGAACCACCGGCUGUGGUACAGCAUCAAGGGCGAGAUCGCCGCCGAGGACGACACGGACGACCUGUGCGUGCAGGUCGCCGUGGACUGGUACCGCGUCCGGCUCGUGGACCGGGAGAUCAAGAUGGCCGAAUGGAUGGAGUGGCCCGCCGGCGGCUGCGUCUGGGUCUUCCGGGACUACAUCUCCCGCAUGCCCGCCGAGGGCGAGCCCGAGUCGAGCGACGAGGAAAAGAAGCUCUCCGCCAAGGCCGCUGGGAAGAGGAAGCCCAACACCAAGGUUGGGGCCGUGGUCCAGCACCCCGGCAACCCCGGCAUUACCGCCGAGGUGCAGGGCCGCGUCAUGUACGACACGGACCCCGACAGCGACCGCGACGUCGUUGGCGUGCUGGCGUUCCGGGUCCGCCACCGGACCAUCUGGGGAGUCGAGGUGGACACCUCGUUCGAGGAACCCGAGGGCGCCGUGGCGGCCAUACUCUGGGUCCCCCGCGGAGACGUCUACUGCCUCCCCGAGAGGGCCGGCGACGGGUGGUAG